CUGAAAACUAUAAAACAAGAGCUGAAUUACAGAAUUUUCGUUCAGUCAGCAAAGCUACUUCGCCUUCUGAAGCAGAAAGACAGACUUAUGCAUAAAGUGCAGAAGAACUGUGAUAUUGUCACCGCCUGUUUACAGGCCGUUUCCCAGAAACGACGUGUUGACACAAAAUUGAAAUUCACUCUUGAGCCAUCUUUAGGUCAAAAUGGUUUUCAGCAGUGGCAUGAUGCCCUCAAGGCAGUGGCCAGGUUGCCAACAGGCAUACCCAAAGAAUGGCGGAGAAAGGUGUGGCUGACCCUGGCUGAUCAGUACCUGCACAGCAUAGCCAUUGACUGGGAUAAAACCAUGCGCUUCACCUUCAAUGAAAGAAGUAAUCCUGAUGAUGACUCCAUGGGCAUCCAGAUAGUAAAGGACCUUCACCGAACUGGCUGCAGUUCCUACUGUGGCCAGGAGGCAGAGCAAGAUCGAGUGGUGUUAAAGAGAGUUUUGCUGGCUUAUGCCAGGUGGAAUAAAUCUGUUGGCUAUUGUCAAGGCUUUAACAUCCUAGCUGCCCUCAUCCUGGAAGUGAUGGAGGGCAAUGAAGGGGAUGCCCUGAAAAUCAUGAUUUACCUAAUUGAUAAGGUACUUCCUGAUAGCUAUUUUGUCAAUAAUCUCCGGGCUCUCUCUGUGGAUAUGGCUGUUUUCCGAGAUCUUUUAAGAAUGAAACUUCCUGAACUGUCCCAGCACUUAGAUACCCUGCAAAAAGCUGCUAACAGAGAAAGUGGAGGAGGCUAUGAACCCCCACUUACAAAUGUCUUCACAAUGCAGUGGUUCCUGACUCUCUUUGCCACUUGCCUGCCUAACCACACGGUCCUGAAGAUCUGGGAUUCUGUGUUCUUUGAAGGCUCUGAAAUUAUUCUGAGAGUAGCCCUGGCUAUCUGGGCAAAGUUGGGAGAGCAGAUCGAGUGUUGUGAAACUGCAGAUGAGUUUUACAGCGCCAUGGGCAAGCUGACCCAGGAGAUGCUAGAAGACAGUCUGAUUGACAGCAAUGAGCUCAUGCAGACUGUUUACUCCAUGGCCCAGUUUCCCUUCCCACAGCUGGCAGAAUUACGGGAGAAAUAUACGUACAACAUUACUCCUUUCCCUGCUGCAGUAAAAUCAACUUCCCUUUCAGGGAGGCUUGGCAAAAUCAGAGACAGUGAUGAGGAGAAUGACCCAGAUGAUGAAGACUCUAUUGCCAAUGCAAUUGGUUGUCUUGGACCAUUAAGUGGGUUUUUGAUACCAGAGCUCCAGAAGUACCAGAAACAGAUCAAAGAUCAGAAUGAAGAACAAAGUCUGGGCUCCAGCAACAUCGCAGAACUAAGUCCAGGAGCAAUAGACUCUUGCCGAAGUGAAUAUCAUGCUGCUUUUAACAGCAUGAUGAUGGAGCGUAUGACCACUGACAUAAAUGCUCUGAAGAAGCAAUAUUCCAGGAUAAAGAAGAAGCAGCAGCAGCAGGUUCACCAUGUGUACAUCAGAGCAGACAAAGGACCAGUUACCAGCCUGCUCCCUUCUCAGGUAAACUAUUCCCCGGUGAUAAACCACCUCCUUUUAGGCAAGAAGAUGAAGUCCAAUAACAGGUCUCUCAAGAAUGCCGUCAUUCACAUCCCAAGCCACGCGACAGGGAAAAUGUCCCCUAUUCCCCAGGAAGAUCUGAAGGCAAAGCUCAACUCGCCGUGGCGCACCCACAUACGAGUUCAUCGGAAGAACAUUGCCAGGGCCAAAGGCCAGCUGGGCUAUGGGGACACCAUUGGACUCAUAGAUGAGCAGAGUGAGAGCUGUAAAACCAACAGCCCUGGGGCAAAGGAGGCAACUUCUGCACAUCCUGAUCUAGGAGAAAGAGGAGGUGGUGGUUUGGAUGAGAGGACUCCCCAAGAAGCCGACGGGCAGUCUGCUCAGCCCGUCUCUGAGGACCCCGGCACAGACAUGUCCGUGGUUCAGCUGAAACUGGAGGCGCUGGACCUCACCUUGGACACCAAAGCUGGUGCUGGGUCCACAUCCACUCCAUCCUGCCAGGCACGUUUAUCUGAAUCCUCUGCUGCAUCCAGCGACGGCGCAAACCUGAGUAAAUCUCCUCAGCCCAGUACCCCCAAGCCACAGGUCUUCAACCCUUUUCCCAGUGUCAAGCCGCUCCGAAAGUCAGCCACGGCCAGGAAUUUAGGGCUCUACGGCCCCACGGAGAGAACGCCAACCGUGCACUUCCCACAGAUGAGUAAGAGCUUCAGCAGGUCUGUCAGUGGCAAUAGUGGGACCAGGAAACGGUGACCUACCACCUCCCACUUCCUCUUUCUGACAGCAACAAAAAAAGGUUUUUUUUUUUUUUUUUUUUUUU